AUGGCUUCUAAAGGACCACCUAUCGACCGCAGAAGCUUUCGAGUAGCCAUUAUAUGCGCUCUACCCCUCGAGGCCGACGCCGUCAGCCUGCUGUUCGAUCACUUUUGGGACAGGGAGCGCGGUCCCUACGGUCGAGCUUAUGGCGACAUGAAUCACUACAUCACUGGACGGAUCGGGAGGCACGACGUUGUUAUGGUUGUUCUUCCGAACAUGGGCACCAACAGCGCAGCGGCUGCAACUGCCAGCUUACGAUCCAGCUAUACUGGUCUAAACCUCGCUCUCCUCGUCGGCAUCUGUGCUGGUGUACCCCGCAUCGCCAAUUUCGAUAUAUGUCUUGGCGACGUUGUAGUCAGUAAAACUAUCAUCCAAUACGACUACGGCAGGCGAUAUUCCGGGCAUUUUGACGUGAAGUGUACUGUUGAAGACAGCCUUGGAAGAGCCAACAAGGACAUAAGGAGUCUGCUUGCAGGAUUCGAGACGGAGUUUAUAAGAAAGUGGCUAAAGGAUGAUGCGUCGAAAUAUUUAAAGGAUCUGCAGGAAACCGCCAAGAAGGAACAACGCCAAGCCAAUUACCAAUAUCCCGGAACGGAUGAAGACAAGCUAUAUCCUCCGACAUACGCUCAUAGACAUCGAAAGUGGUGCAGCGUAUGUGCUAGCGACCCUGACGCCUUUUGUGAAUUAGCUUCUAAGGCUUCGUGUGCUGAGACCGGAUGCGAUUCCGCCCAUCUGACUGUCAGGGAGCGCCUGGAGGGAAUUAUCUCGGGUGGAGAUUUUCGGCCAGGGGUGUUCAUCGGUCGAAUCGGGUCGGGCAACACAGUCAUAAAGAGUGGAGAGGAUCGAGACCAAAUCGCAGCCCAACAUAACCUUAUUGCGUUCGAGAUGGAAGGUGCAGGGGCAUGGGACGAAGUUCCUUGUAUCGUUGUCAAAGGGAUCUACAACUAUGCAGAUAGCCACAAGAAUAAAGCCUGGCAAGACUUUGCCGCCGCUACUGCCGCCGCUGUGGCAAAGGCUAUCCUGGGACAAUAUGCAGCGCAUGAUGGACAUUAA